AUGCUCCUCUCUUUGCUGAUACUAAUUCUUGCUGCCUGGGGUGUUGGUGCCCUGGGCCUCCCUCUCUGUCGGAACUGGUCCAUUGCUCAGCGACUAAAAGUCCCCGUGAUCGUCUCUCCUAUAUACCAUGGACAAUGGGGACACAUACAGACUCUGAUGGAAGGUAACUUACCUAUUUCUUGGCAGAGGAUCUUUCCUUUUGUUCGAAUUUUACGGCCGCAAUGGGUGUUCCGGGAAAAGCAUGCCAUCUUCGAAAAGUAUGGCAACAUGUUUGCGAUCGUCACUCCGGCUGGCUGCGAGCUAUACAUUGCCGACUCAAAAGCUGCCAGCGAAAUUCUCAUGCGGAAGAAAGACUUCCCUAAGCCUCUUGACUUUACGAUUCUCCUGAAAGCGUGCCUUGGCCUGGACAACGACGAUAACAAUGCAGCGGCCAGUCUGGUCACCGAUACCGCAAUGAAGCAGCUCGAAACUUUUUUCAAAAUGAUUUUGAGAAACCCCGAGGUUCGAAAGGGUGGACAAAGGUCUCGUGAUGCCUUUCGUGCAAGCUAUCAAGAGAUCAAGUCCGUCUUGACAGGCCUGGUGAAUUAUCGAAGACGCCACCCGUCAACAAAAAAUGAUCUCCUUUCUUCUAUGCUAAGCUUACGCGAUGCCCAAAUGCUGUCCGACGAAGAAAUAGAAAGCAACCUGUUCCUUUUCAUGUUCGCCGGUCAUGAAACGACCGCCAACACGCUGGUCUACAUUGUUUAUCUUCUGGCUAUCUUCCCUGACUGGCAAAACUGGGUCAUUCAAGAAAUUGAUGAGAUAUUCUCUGGGAUACCGUUGGAUAAAGAGAUUUCAUACAAGGAUGUAUUUAAUCGACUUACUCGGCUGAAAGCAAUAAUGUACGAAACUCUACGACUUUAUGGCCCGGUCGUGAAUCUUCUCCGAAGGACAUCUCCCGAUCAAGACCAGGCCAUCACCAGCUCCGGCGGAUCAGGAAUUUUGAUCCCGGCUAGUACUCUGAUCAACAUUCUUACGCCAGCGUUACACACAAAUCGACAUUAUUGGGGCUCGGACGCUCUCUCAUGGAAGCCAGAUCGAUGGUUGAGUAAGAAGAACCUCGACAGUGAAAAGGUCGACCACCUUUUUGCAUGGGCCGAAGGCCCUCGAGCAUGUCCGGGAAGGAAAUUCUCCCAACUCGAGAUAUUAGCCGUUAUUGUCACUCUACUGCGCCAGACGUCGGUGCAGAUUGUACCAAGGCCGGGUAUAAGUCUUGAAGAAGCCAAAAUGGAGGCCUUGGGGGUGUUGCAAAAUAGUCGGUCUCUCCUUACAUUGCACAUAGAGCGGCCAGAGUUGAUUCACAUUAGAUGGUGCCCGCGAUAA